CGUGUCUCUUGACCGAUAGCCUAAGCCGUUGUCCCGCGUUUGUGUACGGGAUCUAGAACGCCAUUCUGUCUCUUUUGGGUGCGGCAUGGGCCUGAUCGGGCCGUGACGUCACAGCGAUGAAACUUGUGAAUGACCACAUCCGUUCUGGCCGCUAGUUGUGUGGCACACGCGACAAUUCUUGACCUACAAUACCUCAGUACUCGCCAUGACUGCCAUUUCUCUCUAAUUACUCUUCCGUUCGCUCUCUCCAAGUCCAAACUAUAUGCUGGACGACAUGGACUCGCCCGUCAGGCGAGAUCCGCCCGCUGUGCUCAAGCGGAAACCAGUUCAGCAUGAGCCGGUUAUCACACCCACGCCUGAGCGCGAGCUAAAAGGCAGAGUUGUGCCCCACGCCUUCCUUGCUGGUACCACAAUCGCAGCCCUGUCAUUGUCCUGGCCGUUGCGGUGGGCUGUCUCUGGGGCACCGAUAUUGGUAUACAUACUCCUCCUCGGCGAGGCAUAUGGCUACCGCAUACUGCCGUUUGUUCCCCUCUGGACUAUCUUCGCUACAGUUAACCUUGUCUACGCUGUGUGCUCUACAUCCUGGCUUCUCUACUGGGUAUUUUGGGCCGCUUGCUGGCCUACAAUACUGGUUGCCUGUCUGUUUCAAUUCGAUGCGCCUGCCCGUCUUGCUAGGCGUACAUUGAGGAAGACUUUUCUACGCGACCUACACUUCAUCAAUGAUCAGAUCGCCUUCUUCGAUCUACCCGCGCUGGAGAUCGACACCGAGGUCAAAGGCCUGUUCGUCAUCCGUGGCGUUACGCUGUCACUCUCGACAUUAACUCUCGUCGCCCAUGGCAUUGAAGCUGGGAUAAAGCUGGCAGACGAUAUCGAGCUGGCUAUACAAGUUGACAAGGUCGUUGUGCCUCUUUUCCGAGAGAUUACUGUUGAUGACGUCUAUGCCAAUGUCAAGGGUGGAGAUUGGGAAGUCACUUUUGGCGACGUUGCUUAUGGCAAACCCGAGCCGGACGAUGAUGAUUCAGUCAUCGUUACCAACACUGCAAUCCUGAGAGCUGCUUCUGUUGCACAUAAGGGUGGUGCGGAUGGCCGCCCCACAGCAAUGCUCCGAAACAUGACCGCUGGGGAAACGCCAAAAGAAGCCGGGGAUGCAAAGUCUGCAUUUGCGUCUGUCAAGAAAGUAUCGCCGGAUGAGAAGGACGCGAACGCUAAAUAUCAGGAGCUCGUUAAGCACAUCGAAGACACAAGUGCAAUCACAAAUGCAAAGAUAUCUCUUCGAAAAGCCGCGCAAGCACUGAAAGAUGCUGCUUCCGAUGACGAGGGAAAUGAGAAGAGUGGCCAUCUUGACCUCGAAAACAUGGACGAUUUGCGAGCCGCCGUGUGUACGCAAAUCCAUGGCCAACCGUCAAUACCACAUCCCCCUUCAAGGUCGAUCAGGGUCUCCACACUUCGCAAGACAUCGCAUCCAAACGUUAAAAAGUUCCUCCAUCGACUUCCUUUCCUGUACCGGCUGAUGCUCACUCCCAUUUGCUACUUUCAUCCCGUCAAAUUCAAGUCGAUAACAGCUGCCGGCUCAGGCAAAUGGUUUGUAAGCCUGAUGCGACAGUACCUCUUCAAGCACUAUUCAACGUCAGAUGCCGAGAUCCGCAGACUGGAAUCGCGCAUCUCAUCCUGGUGCUCAGAUGCAAACUUCGCGGUCGAGUUAGGACCCAUCGAAAGCAGUGCCAAUUUCCCGCUCAGUACUCUUUACAAUAUCAAGUGCCACUUCAAAAUGUCAGAUGUCAUGGCGUACAGAACUCUCCCCGACGCAGUCGAACUCCAACAGGUCGUAAGGCUAGGAGGUGCAGACGCAAUCCUUACGGUACCGACCUUCCUUUUCCCGCACCACGAGCACAUCUUCCCCGAAAAGCCGAGCGACUACGACAUCAUGGAGAUGGAGCAAGCGAUUGCCGAGGCAGAAGGCACACCAAAAGAAGUGCAAGGCCGAAAAGAGUUAGAAAAGCUUAAGAGAGAUGAAGCGAGCAUGCACAUCUCUGCGCACGCACACCUCCCUGCGCAAUUCCACCAGGACCUACUCAACUUCGUCGCCGCAAUCGUCAAAGCAACCAAAGUCAUUGAAUCUGAUAAAGAUUUCGAGGAAGCAAAGGUCCUGCGCGAACUCAAACGCGUCAGCACAACCGCAUCUGACAGCGAGGUGAGUAGUCUUGCCUCGUUCAACACGAAUAACACGAAUAACACGGACAACACUCAAACCACACUCAAUGGCAAUGAAGAUAAGUCCUUCAAGUCGUUCCUGCGGAAGGUAGACUCGGGGUUCAAGGAAGCGAGUAACAAGACAAUGGUGGGAAUGCGGAAGGCGGGACAUAGUACUGUGCAUGCCAUGGCUAAUGAUCGAUGGAUUGCGAGGCUCGUGGGCAAGGUGACGAAGAAGCUUGAGCGGGCGCAGGGCGAGGUUGGGUACAGUGGUGAGGUGCCGAUACCACUAGCUAAGUACCGUGUGAGGCACGAAGAUGAGACCAAGCUCCUGCCGUAAGCAUGCACCGAGCGUUCGGCGUACUGGGCGGAGUGUAUGAUACCCUAGGGUCUGCUGUUAUACCCUAAAACUACUUCAAGUAUGUCAUGAAUUUUUAGAUCAUAGCUCCUUACACAAUUUAUAUUGGUGCUCUGCUAUGUUACGCGAACUCUGUACUCAACAUCCUGUUCAUGCCAG